AUGACCUCAGACUCGGAUCCCCCGCCAUCGGCGAGCGCUCCGCCACCACCACCACAACGACCUCGUUCGCCUUCGGGGAGCUUUUACGCCCUGAGCGACGAUGAGGAAGGGGACUACGACACAAUAACGCACACCGAGACGGGCCGUGGCGUCAAACUCCUCUUUUCUAAGAGCAAGGUUUACGUGCACCCCACGCCUUCCGCCAAAGACAACAUCCCGGGCUAUAUAGCGCUCCUGCAACAGAAAGGAGGCCGGCACGAUCGCCCGACUUCCUCCUCGUCGCGCGACUCCCAAAAUCCCACCGCCCACGACCUGCUUCUGGCAUGGCUCCCCGAAACGUCCCUCGGCGAAUCGGAGAGCAUCUACGUCAAGGUCGACCUCAGCGAAGGAGAGUCCCCUCCGAAGCAGUCAUACCUCGUCCCGCCUCCACCGACCGUCACAUCCCACCGGGGCUCCAUCGGCACCUACGCCUUCGCCAUCCCCGUGAGCGCCAUCUACUCUCUCCUUGUGCGACCGCCGAGCCUUGGCUGGUGGUUCGGCUCUCUUAUUAUCAAUUCGAGGGCGGGAGACAGCUUCCCCGCCUUGUUUUUCCACGACAAUGAAUGCCAAAGCACCAUCUUGAAGAGGAAGAGGCGAACCAAGGACAGCUUCGACCCCUUCGGCGAUCGCGGGGAGAUGUUCUGGGGCGGCGACGAGGUAUUGCGCUGGUUGCGUCGCUAUGUUCCCAUCGAGAGAUCUGGCGCAGAGCCCAACAUUUACCUGGUGGAUCCGUCUAAGGAGGAUAGCGAGGCUUUCAGCGGCAAACUCACAUCCAGCACGGCCCAGGUUGGCUUGAGAGACGGCACGGGCACCAGAGCCGGCGGUGCCGGUCCCAGUGGCGAUGCGCAAAUGGACCCCUUUGUGAAGUUCGUCAAGGAGACGGGCUGGAAUAUCAUGGAGAAGUUCAGCAAAGUGACGACCUUUACACGACGGGCCGCCCAAGACGUCAUACAAAACCCCAACGUUCCUCCUCAGGUCAAGAGGCUUCUGCGGAACCCUGAGGUGCAGACGCUCCAAGACGAGUUCGACAGCGCGAGAAUAUACCUCGCACGCUGGGCCAUGGGAAUUGCCGAGCAGAGCGAGCGGGAUCGGAGCCAAAGAAUAUGGACGGCUAAGGAAGUCCUGGAGCUUGAGGACACUGAUGUCGGGGAGUUUGAGCUCUUGGACGGAAGCAGCACCAUGUCGCUGGAGGACAGGAGGAAACCCGUGACCCUGAAAGAGUGGAACACGUUCUUCGACCAGCGAACAGGACGACUGUCGGUCACCAUCGAUGAGGUCAAAGAACGGGUCUUCCACGGCGGCCUGGACCCCGACGACGGGGUGCGGAAAGAAGCAUGGCUCUUCAUCCUCGGGGUGCAUGAUUGGUACAGCACGUCCGAGGAACGCAAGGUGCAGAUCGCAUCGCUCAGGGACGAGUAUGUCAAGCUGAAAGGCGCAUGGUGGGAGAGACUCGUGGAUCUUGGAGGCGAGGGCGAGCAGGGCGAGUGGUGGCGUGAACAGCGUGGUCGUAUUGGUAGGCUUCCACACGAACCGACUGGACUAAGUGACGGUUGUGCUGACGCUGUUGCAGAGAAGGAUGUCCACCGGACAGACCGAAACGUGCCCAUCUUCGCCGGGGAAGACAUCCCGCAUCCAGACCCCGACUCGCCCUUUUCCGAGGUUGGCACCAACGUCCACCUCGAGCAGAUGAAGGACAUGCUUCUUACGUACAACGAGUACAACAAAGACCUCGGCUAUGUGCAGGGCAUGUCGGACCUCCUCGCACCCAUCUACGCCGUGAUGCAGGACGACGCUAUCGCCUUCUGGGGUUUCCAGCACUUCAUGGACCGCAUGGAGCGUAAUUUCCUGCGCGAUCAAUCGGGAAUGCGGUCUCAGCUGCUCACCCUCGACCACCUCGUUCAGUUCAUGGACCCGAAGCUCUACGCGCACCUACAGUCCGCCGACAGCACCAAUUUUUUCUUCUUCUUCCGCAUGCUGCUCGUCUGGUAUAAACGGGAGUUCGAGUGGAUGGACGUUUUGCGUCUUUGGGAGAUUCUCUGGACGGACUACCUGAGCAGCAGCUUCCAUCUGUUUGUGGCCUUGGCCAUCUUGGAGAAGCACCGAGACGUCAUCAUGACCCAUCUGCAGCAUUUCGAUGAGGUCCUUAAAUACGUCAAUGAGCUUUCCAACACAAUGGAUCUCGACUCGACGCUGAUUCGCGCCGAAGCGCUAUUCCGUCGCUUCCAGCGCCUGGUCGAGGCAGUCGAUAAGAAAGGCAACUUCCCUGGGCCAAGACUCCGAGACCCUGGCUCUCCCUCACAGUCAUCCUCAUCCGACAAGGGCCCCAGGCAAGGCGAAAGCAGUGCUGGGCCAGCGUCCCCGCGCAAAGAUACAGGCAAGGCGCCCGAGGAGUCGCAGGUGAAGAAGGUCAUCACACCUGAGCUGAGAGAGCUGCUCAGCCGUAAAGUGGUCGUGCUUCCGCGCAAGGAGGUAGCGAAGAAGGGCGACGGUCCCGGGAGGUCAUGA